AUGGCUGCUAAGUUUAGUGUUAAAACUACAUCAUCAUUCUUCCUAGUUCUGUGUUUAACUGUGAUCCUUUUUUUUACUUUGUCAUGCUUUUCUGCUGAUCCUGACCCGCUUCAAGAUAUUUGUGUCGCCGACUUGAACUCCCCAUUUCGUGUGAAUGGGUAUCCUUGCAAGCCGGAGUCUCAAGUUACAACAGAUGAUUUCUUCUUUAGUGGCUUGAGGAAUGGAGCGAGCACAGCAAAUCCCUUAGGGUUUGGAGUGAGACGUGCUAAUGCUAGCACCUUCCCUGGGUUGUACACCCAAGGAGUUUCAGUAAACCGAGUCGACCUAGCACCUGGUGGAACUAAUGCAAUUCACGUACACCCUCGAGCAAGUCAAUCUAAUUUAGUUAUAAGGGGGAAAGUCUUAUUUGGGUUCGUAACUACUGCUAAUGUUUUGUACUAUAAGGUUUUGAAAGCUGGAGAGAUAUCUAUUAUUCCUAGAGGACUUGUGCACUUUGCAGCAAACGUUGGAAGGAAAAAUGUUACCUACCUAAGUGCUUUCAAUAGUGUACUGCCUGGAGUUUCACCAAUUCCUGAUAACCUCUUUGCUUCUACCCCAACAAUUCCUAAUUAUAUUUUGGCUAAGAACUUCCGAGUGGAUGAGAAGGUCAUUGCUUUAAUAAAGUCUAAGUUUGGUCUCGAUGUUUCUUUGCCUCCUGCAACUUGGGAAGAUAUGUAGGUCUCCCCGGUGUGUAAUUGUUAAAUAGUUUGUGGAAUUUUUGAGCAAGUAUCACU